UCAGCGAUGCCUAAACCGAGCAGGUAGGAGCUCAGUGUCUUGCUCAAGAACACUUCAGCAGGACACAUGUAGACAUGUAGACGGACACACUCUUUGCUUUACUGCUGGUGUGGGAAAGGGACCAGCCACUGACACCACACCUCCUUCACCUUAAGCAAGGUUGUGGUUUGAACACGUCACCUGGCACACUCAGCCAUAAAAGCCUGUGUUCAGCCCUGCCAGGUUCACACUGUUGGUCACGAUGAGGGGGCUGAUCGCAUUCACCGCGCUGGUUGUGGCCGUUCUCGGCAAGGAGAUGUUUGAGGGGCAUCAGGUGCUUCGCAUUGUUGCAAAGGAUGAAACCCAGCUGUCUCUUAUCAAGAACCUGGAGGACAUGGUCGAGUUUGAGCUGGACUUCUGGAGGGGAGUAACUGAUGUGUCUACUCCUGUGGAUGUCAGAGUUCCAUUCCACAGCCUGCAGUCCGUCAAAAUUCACCUGGAAAGUCAGGACAUCGAGUACUCCAUCAUGAUCGAAGACCUUCAGGUGAUGCUCAAUGAGGAACAGCAGGAGAUGGAGUCUGCUGCUCGUAUCGCUGAGCCCAGAAACACUGACAGCUUUGACUUCUCCAGGUACCACACCAUCAGCGAGAUCUACAGUUUCCAGGACAUGCUGGUGGCUGAGAAUCCCAACCUGGUCAGCAAGAUUGUGAUCGGUCAGAGCUACGAGGGUCGCCCCCUGAACGUGCUCAAGUUCAGCACCGGUGGAACCAACCGUCCCGCCAUCUGGCUCGACACUGGAAUCCAUUCCAGAGAGUGGGUCACUCAGGCCAGUGGCACCUGGUUCGCCAAAAAGAUUGUGACUGAUUAUGGACGUGACCCCGCUAUCACCGCAAUCCUCAACAAGAUGGACAUCUUCCUGGAGAUUGUGACCAACCCCGAUGGCUACUACUACACUCACAACAGCAACCGUAUGUGGCGUAAGACCAGGAAGCCCAACUCCGGCUCUAGCUGUGUGGGAGUCGAUCCCAACAGGAACUGGGAUGCUGGUUUUGGAGGAGCUGGUGCCAGCAACAACCCUUGCUCAGAGACCUACCGUGGACCCAGAGCUCACUCUGAGUCUGAGGUCAAGUCCAUUGUGGACUUUGUGAAGUCCCGCGGUAACUUCAAGGCCUUUGUCUCCAUCCAUUCCUACUCCCAGAUGCUCUUGUACCCCUACGGCUACACCAGGACUCCAUGCAAGGACCAGACCGAGCUGCACAAUCUGGCUAAGAAAGCCAUCACUGACCUGGCCUCCCUGUACGGUACUAGCUACAGAUACGGCAGCAUCAUCAACACCAUCUACCAAGCUAGUGGUGGCACCAUUGAUUGGACCUACAACCAGGGCAUCAAGUACUCCUACACCUUCGAGCUGAGGGACACCGGCCGUUACGGCUUCAUCCUGCCAGCCAAUCAGAUCAUCCCCACUGCCAGGGAGACUUGGCUGGCUCUGAUGGCUAUCAUGGAUCACACCUCCAAGAACAUCUACUAAUGUGUGUGUGUGUACAAGUGAAAGUCCCUGUGGAGGGGAUAUCAUGGGCAAAUGUCACCUUUAAAAUGUCCUCUUUAAGACUAAUAGUAGUUCAUCAUAUGUCAUUUAGACACAGUGAAAACAACAAACAGACAAAUAAACGAGUACAGUGGAAA